CGUCAACGUUCAAGUAUCUCACGCCCCACGGACCCUUCAUUGGCGUGCAGACAUCCCGACCAGUCAAUUGAGCGUCGCAUACGUUCACCCCCGGACCUAGACAGCAAUCUCCUCCGUCGAAUCCCUGGGCGCAUAGCCCGCCCUCGCCCAAGAUGUCGCUCGCUCCCGUUUCCAAGAAGAUUGUCGCCUUCGGCAGCAACCAGGUCUUCAUGCCCAAGUUCACCGUCGCCCUGAUCCGCACACCCAACCUCUCCCCUUACCAAGCCAAGUUCCGCGUUCCGCUCAACUUCUCCAAGUACGACCUCCGCGACUACCUUUACCACGCCUACAACGUCAAGGUCCACAGCAUCCGCUCCCUCGUCAAGCAGCUGCCCGUGCGCGACACGAUCAAGCAGCCCCGCCACUGGUUUCGCCCUGAGAACGAGAAGUACAUGACCGUAGAGAUGGAGAAGCCGUUUGUGUGGCCAGAGGACCCGGAGAGCUGGCAGCCGUGGGGUCGCAAGGAGCGGGAUGCUAGUAUCCUGCAGAACCGGGCUGCCCAGGGCCUAAAGUCUCCUCACGAUCUUAGAGUCGAUGCGAGGAAGUUAAGGCUGCAGGCUCUGGAGCUGCUGAAUAAGGGUCCGGAGCAAAGCGUAAAGAAAUGGGAGAAGCGAAGAACGCCGCAGAUGCUGCAUAAUGAACUGUUGCCCUCAGAGAACUUCUCCAGCCUGUGGAACAACAAACCCAAACUCAAAGAAGGCGAGGAGAAGUCGGCAACGCUAUCCCCGACUCAAAGUUGAGGUGGACCAUACGGAUUUAAACUCAAGACAGCCGCGUACUGGGACACUGGGACUUGUACAUUCGAUUGUAAUAUAUUGUUGGAAGUAGACGGCAAGGAGACGUGUGUAGGAUUGACUACAAUCACACUUGAACAUGUGAAGUAUUUCAGUAACAGCCAUUCCCACGCGUUUGUGAAUUUGCAACGAAUGCGUGCGGCUGCGAACCCUAUGCAUCGCGAAUGGAUGGGCUAG